CCAGAAAACCUUAAAUUGCCCGCCAAAGUUCUCGUCUUUAACGGUUCUCUUCUCUCUAUUUUCUCUUUCGUUGUAUCUUGGAUCCAUUACAGAAAUGGCGCUAUUCUCUACAUCUGCUUCAUCCGAAGAAGGGUCCAGAUUCACGUACUGUAGGAAACAGAAAUCACUUGGUUUACUUUGUACCAAUUUUUUGAGCUUGUAUAAUCGAGAAGAUGUUGAAACGAUUGGACUUGAUGAUGCUGCAGCACAAUUAGGGGUUGAAAGGAGACGGAUUUACGAUAUAGUUAAUGUUCUUGAGAGUGUUGGGGUUCUUGCAAGAAAGGCGAAAAAUAGGUAUUCUUGGUUAGGGUUUGGAGGGAUUCCCUUGGCUUUGCAGGAGCUAAAGGAUGAGGGUCUUAAGGAGAACAGUAAUGUACAAGAUGGAAGCAACCAUAGUAAAGUAUCUGAUGAUGAAGAUGAUGAAAGGUUGUCAAUUCCAUAUGGUUCAAGUCAAGAGGAUACUGCAAACACAAUCCUCUUAACUCAACAUUCCACACUUUCAAAAACAGAUAACAGAAAAGAGAAGUCUUUGGGACUUCUAACCAGGAACUUUGUCAAGCUAUUCCUAUGCUCAACUGUAGAUUUAAUCUCCCUUGAUGAAGCAGCCAAAAUACUACUUGGAGAUGCCCGUGAUCCAUCGCUUAUGAGAAACAAUUCUGCAGCUAAAGUGAGAAGAUUGUAUGACAUUGCAAAUGUUUUGUCUUCAAUGAAUUUCAUUGAGAAGACACAUCAUCCAGAAACUAGAAAGCCAGCUUUCAGAUGGUUGGGAAUUCAAGGAGCAAUGGAAACUGAAGGAGUUGAUCCUUUAUUUGUACAACAUUCAAAGAAGAGAUUAUUUGGUACCGAUAUCAGUAAUAUCAGCUACAAGAAAGCCAAGAUAGUAUCAACUGAUGAAGGAUCAGAACAAAUUAUCAAAAGCGAUAAGCAGCUAACCCAAAUGAAAUCGAAAAGUUUGGAAACUGUUGCUGAUACGGGUGAAUUGAAGCCGGAUUCAAAUGUUUACCAGUUUGGUCCAUUUGCUCCAGUUGAUGAUCAGUUCCCUAGUUCUUGUGAGUACAGAAUCCGUGAACUGGAGAGACUGGCUUCUGAUCGUCCCAUUCAAUAUCAAAAUCAUGCUCUUACCGAUCUGUUUAGUCACUAUAUGGAAGCAUGGAACUUGUGGUUUGGUGAAGUUUCAGGUAAGAAACACGUGCAUACAGUUUCUUAGUUGAUGGAUAACAAAUACCCAACUGGGUGACUGAAGAAUAUGUGAAGAGAUGGCUUGAGUUUAAGUGCAUCUUCUUAGAGAUGAUAUGAUUGCUGGCUAGUGUUUUUGUACACUUCACAUUCAUUUGUAAUCAUCUGAUUUACCAAGUUUUUUAGGUUUCAUGUUGACAACUCUAAAGGAACUUAUUUUCUUGUCAUUUGUUCAUAUGACUUUGAAGUUUAACA